AUGGACCAAUCAGAGGCGAAAGAUGCAGCAGCGACGAUCGCGGCACCGGGGACGGCAGGCGGGGACGGUACGGCGACGGAUGCGCGAGUCGCUGCAGACGCGAGCAGCUUUGGAUUGCCUUUUAUUCUGAAUUACUGGAAAGAGUUUGACCUGGAGAACGCGCGGACAUCUCUGGAUGAGCAAGGGCUGAAGAUUGCGGAGAAUCAGGAGGCGAGCUCCAAGAAUCGCAGAAAGCUGGCAGAGUCAACACGAGAUUUCAAGAAGGCAGCGAGGGAGGAGCAGAGCAAGCUGUUCGGCGCCCUUCUGAAAGCCUACCAGGAGGAGGUGGACAACCUCACAAAGCGCGCCAAGUUUGCAGAAGCAGCCUUCCUGGGCGUCUACCAGAAGCUGUACGAGGCCCCGGAUCCCGUGCCGUCCCUGGCGUCUGCUGCUGAGGUGGCAGCGAAUGCUGCUGAGCUGGCGGCGGAGAACCGGCGCAUGCAUGCUGAGCUGGAGGAGUUCCGGUCUGAGUCAGCGCACCUGAAGAACCAGCAGGCGACCGUGCGAAGGUUGGAGGAGAGAAACCGACAGCUGGAGCAGCAGAUGGAGGAGAAGGUGAAGGAGAUGGUGGCGAUGAAGCAGCAUGUGCUGGCGGAGGAGAGCCAACGAAGCAUGGAAACACUCAAGUCAAGGGAGGAUGCGCUACAGGAGCAGCUGCGGGCCGCAAGAGAGACAGUGAGCAACAUGCAGCGGCUGCACGAGAUGAGCCAGUCACAGCUGUUCGAGCUCAAGGCGCAGUCAGAGGAGGAGCGAGCAUCAAAGCAGGGUGAGGUGAAUCUGCUGACAGACGAGGUGGAGCGAGCUCAGGCGCGGCUGCUGGCGCUGGAGAGGGAGAAGGAAGCUCUGAAAGCGCAACUGCAGACCGCGCAGCCUAACGAAGCAGCAGGCAAUGGAGAGAGCACGGACAGCAGUGGGGCGGUAGGGUGGGAAGCGGCAGUACGUGCAAAAGAAGCGGUGAUAGCAUCGCUGCAUCAGGAGCUGCAUGCACUGGAGGCAGCAGGGGCGGCUGAGAGGGAGGAGCAGAGGGCGGAGGUGAAGCGACUCAAGGCGCUGCUGCAGGAUCAGGAGUCGUCCUUUGCUACGCUAAGGGCGGAACUGGCAACGAGGCCCACACAGAGGCAGUGGGAGGACCUGCGCAAGCAAGUGAAGAUCCUGCAGGCUGUGGGCUACAAUGCAGUGGAAGUGGACGACUGGGAUGAACCGGGCAUGUCAUCCAACGGUCCAGGAUCGUCCUCCGAUCUCUCUGCUGCUGCAGAUGGGGACAGUGUAAAGGGGGGAGGCGAUGGGGGAGUGAUGCGCAGCAGCAGUGGAGCUGACAUUGGGAAGCUGGAGGCCUUGCUUCUGGAGAAGAACAAGCGAAUGGAGCACGAGUUGACCCAAGUCAAGAUGCGUCUGAGUGAGAGGGAGGAGGAAUGUGAGACUGCCAACUCCAAGGUAGCAGCACUAGAUACGACCGUUGCAGAGCAGAGGGCGUUGAUAGGCAAGCUGGAGGACGACAUUCUCAAGGGCUAUGGCGCACGGGACAAGCACCGGGCAGCCUCGGUUGGCAGCAUUGCCUCGAUGCCCGGAGCAGCGGGCGGCAGCGGCAGCGGCAGUGGAGGGGAUGGUGGGGGUACAGGUGGCAGCGGCGGAUUGGUGGAUGAUGACUCGGUGCUGAUGGUAGUGUGCGGGCAACGGGACAGGUUCCGACAGCGAAUGGGAGAAUUGGAAGAGGAACUGCGUGCGGAGAGGGAGAGGAGCAGCAAGUUAGCAGCAGAGGUGGAGCGAUUGAAAGCAGACAACGUGAAGCUGUAUGAGCGCAUGCGCUACGUGCAGGACUACACGAGUGCAGGGGGAGGGGGCGACAGGCCGAACAAUAGUCGAUCCAGGAAGAGUGACAUAGAGGCAGGUCCAGCAGCGGACGUGGAGAGCAAGUACAAGAAGAUAUACGAGGAGACAAUCAACCCCUUUGCUGCCUUCUCCACUAAGGAGAGGGAGCAGCGGGUGAGAGACCUGGGUCUGCGAGACAGAAUCACUCUCACCAGUGGCAAAUUCCUCCUCUCCAACAAGUACGCGCGCACGUUUGUCUUCUUCUACUCCAUCGGCCUGCACAUCCUCGUGGCUCUCAGCAUGUAUCGACUCUCCAGCCUCAGCCAUGCCAGGAUAAAGUUUGACGAGGCUGAGCUUCCAUCGAAACACUCGCUAUUGACUGCUGCGCUAAGCAUUCGCAUGGGUAGCAACGUUCUAUCAGCUCACUACUUCCCCCCCGCUCAUUCCGCCAACCACAAUGAACCGCACACCACACCUGGCAACCCUGCUUGUGCUGCUGCUCCCACCCUUGCCUCCACUGCUGUUGCUACUGACGCCAACUCGGGUGGUCAUGAUUCAACCUCUCAACAGCAAGAAGCACGCCUCAAGUUACCACAGUCGUCUCCACAGCAGCAGUCCCCUUCAGCAUCACCAUCGUUCCACCAUCAGCCACCUCUUACAGACCCGUCUCUCCAACGCCUGCUGCUCGCGCUCACGGCUUUCAGCGAGCAAGAGCAGCAGCUGGUACCACAAAGGCGUGAAGGGGAAUCAGCAGCAGCAGCAGCAGCAGCGGGGCAGGAUGAAUUAAUUGUGAGAGAGGAUACGAUGGGCCAAGCGAAGGGCAUGACAGGUGCAGAGGAGGAAGCAGUGAGGCACCAGCAGGGAUUGGGGCCUGAAGGGAAGGAGGGAGGGGAAGAGAGACUGGACGAGGCUCCGUUGCUUAUCAGGGAGGUGCAAGCAGAACGGGGAGGACAUUCAGCAGCGGGCGUGGAGAGGGAAAGUUGCGUGGAGGAAGGGCGCUACUAUCCUUUUCCUCCCCCACAAUUUAGGUACGCCUACCCCCCUCCCUCUGCUGCCACCAUCAUCAACAUUGCUCUUGCACUCAUUGCCACACCACGCCUCUACACGCAGAGACCCCCCUCCCUCGCACCUCUUCCUCCCCAUCCUCCACCUUUCCGUCACCCUACCCCGUUCUCUUCUACUCCCUUCUAUCCUGCGCUUUCCCCCUUCCCUCCACCGGCCAUGCACCGUCCACACCCCUCUCCCUAUCAUGCCCCCUCUUCCUCUCAUGCCCCCUCUCCCUCUCAUGCCCACGCUCCCUCUCUCGCCCCUCCUCCUUCUCAAUCCGCAUCCACCUCAUCCCAUGCAAGUCCAGUUUCACUUCAAAGCACCAUCCCACCCUCCACCGCUGCCACUGCCCCUCCCUCCUCCUUCCUCCCUGCCACGAGCCCCCUUGAGACGCCCUCACAGCCCCUCAGAGCACCAGCAGCAGCAGCAGCAGCAGCAGCAGAAGCACCAGCAGCAGCAGCAGCAGCAGCAGCACCGCCACCACCUUCCACCCCAUCCAAUGAAAGUCCUGGGUUGCCUCAAAGCAUCGCCACAGCGAGCCUCAUUCCUGCACGGUUAGAGUCCUCACAGCCCCUCAAGGCACAGUCGCCCAUACCAGCAGCACCACCAGCAACAGCAACAGCAGCAGCACCACCUUCCACCCCAUUUAUUGCCAGUCCUGUGAUGCCUCAAAGCACAGCCACUGCAAGCUCUAUUCCUGCACUCCUAGAUCCCUCACAACCCCUCAGGGCACAGUCGCCCGUACCAGCAGCACCACCAGCAGCACCACCACGACCUUCCACCCCAUUUGAUGCCAGUCCCGGGAUGCCUCGAAGCAUCCUCACAGCCUCGAGGCCUCAAAGCACAGCCGCGGCAGGCUCCAUUCCUGCACAGUUAGAGUCCGGUGUGGGCGGUGUGAGCAGUAGGAGAGAUGGGGGAGGGGGUGCUGUAUUUCUGAAAGCAAGGGCAAAGGGAGAGAGGGGUGAGGUGGAGGAGGAAGAAGAGGAGGAGGAGGGAGGGGAGGGGGGUGAGUGGGAGGAGGGAGAGGAGAAGAGGCUUGAGAGUGCUGGAGUACGAAGGGUGGUGGUUGGAAAUGGGGGAGGGGUGGCGGGACGGACAAUGUUAAUGGUGAAGAAAAGGGCGCCUGUUUUGCAGCUUCGCCCAGAGAAAAUGAAGAAGCCACGAGCAAGCAAUUCUGUGGUGAAAUUGACAGGCCAGGAGAAUGCGAUGACCGUGGGCGGACAGAAGGAGAGCGAUGCAGUGGCAGAAUGGGAGGCAGAGGGGCAAGACGUGGUGGGGGGGAGGCGACAGGAUGGAGGUGGUUCUGGGGGGAAAGGAGGAAGGUGUACGGAUGGGCACAAGGAUAGGCGGGCAACUGACGCAGAGGAACAAGCGGCGACGGCUGAGGAGGGCGACGUGGGAGGAGGAGAGAGGAAUAAAGUGGGGGAGAAGGGCGGUGGAAGAGAAAUGACAGGGACAUGCAGUUUGGCGGAUGGAGGCAAUGUUGUGGAGAAGGGGAGAGAGGGAAGGACUUUUGAGGUGCCUAGUAAAUGCAGUUUGGCGGAUGGGGGCAAUGUUGUGGAGAAGUUUGGAGAGGAGAGGCGUGAGGAGGGUUUGAGAGUGGUGAGGGAUGGGGAGGGUUUGAGAGAGGCGGGGGUUGAGGGGAGGGCUACUAAGGAGGAGUUGAGGCGGCAGCAGCUGGCGAGGGAGCAGUUACUGGAGUGCCCAGCGUAUAGGAACUACAAGAGAGGCGAGCCCUCCUCCACUUUGUACAUAAAGAACAUUGCCAAGCCCGUCACCACCACCGACUUGCUCCAUAUCUUCGGUUAG